AUGGCAGCCUCUGUGACACGUAUCCUCGAACUUCGUGGCUUUGAUGCCAAGGUCAAAACGCGAGACAUCCAUGCUGCCUUCGCCGACUUUGGAGAGCCUUUUAAAAUCAAAUGGAUAGAUGAUAAUAGUCUUUACCUUGUAUUCAACGAUGCUGUAGCUGGUGCGUGGCCUUGCAUUCCAGUGUCAGCGAAUGGCUCCGCUCAUGACCAUUUAGCCAAACGCGUUUUCCUUCAGGCAUUAGGCUCAAUGCCUCAUCAACUGAUUCCUGCACCUUUCUCUACCGUAAACCUUACUCCUUAUAAAGGCCCUGAUGCACAGGCUAUCAUCGUCCAUACUCAGCGACCCUCACGAUCUGAUCGAGCUAAUUCUGUGACCUCUCAAGACGUAGCAUCAGCCGACGCAGCAAGGGCGACUGCGUCCGGGAACAUUAGCCCCGCUGUAUCCAUGCUAAUUUAUGCCGCGAACGCUGCAUCCGGCCCUCCAGGCGUAAUCAAUGGAGCUCACAUCUCGCUCCCUGGUAUGCCUAACAACGCUGGAAAUAAUUUUGCUCAGUAUCAACAGCAGCAGCAGCAUAUGGGGAAUGCUGUUCCGACGCGCAAAGGAAGUAAUGGGAGUCUUCAAGCUAGCUUCAGUCAAGUGAGCUUAUCCGAUGGAUUCUCUUAUGGACUAGGAGGCGGGUACCCUAGCCUAAGCGGACCCAUUGCGGGGACACUUUCCGAGUCUUCUUCCUGGUCAGACUCGUCUCCCAGUUAUUCCAACUUGCGCGCCAACCGAAAUGGGUCACUUUCACUCCAUCCUAACGGUAUCCCCAUGUCACGGUCUACCCUAGAAGAUAUCGCCGAAGCAACUUCUCGUGAAGAAAUGUCUCAUUCACAAGCCGUCUCUCGUGUAAACUCCAUCACUGUACCAACCGCCGAUCAAGUCGCAAACAUUGUCGUCACCGCGAGCACCCCCGACUUGAAUGGUGAUUUUGAGUCGCGCCAGGGAAAUGUCAACACUGUAGCAUCCAGUGGAUCGAGCUCACCUCGAGGAGUGACCAAAUCAGAUACCGAACGCCCCGGAGGCCCAUGGCUUUCGCGUGAGCCUUCACCCACUCCUUCCCUUCCUGUGGGAGCAACACAGACCAAGAAGCUUAUUCUGAUGGCGAGGGUGGAUAUCGUCGCACUUCAGAACACAAGGUGGCUACCCCUCCUAGGAUCGGGAACCCUGGUAAACGUAUGUUGGGCCACGCGUUGGGUAUCCGCCAUCCUAGCCUUCCCCCCCGUUUACUUCAACCGAUCUAUAACCCUUAAUGACGACAACGAUGAUCAGCAUGGCGAAUCGGACAUUUGUAAUCAGAUCACAGAAGUCUCUGGAUUACUAAAAGGGACUAAUUCCGGCCUGCUAUACUUCAACUCUCGAACCACAGAUGAACUCGUCAAAGCUACUCUCUCCGACUCGCUACGUGCCAACUCGGCUCAUGUUCAUGGUGAUCUUGCCGUGACGUACUAUGGACAACGCGCGAGUAUUCCUGGAACACUCCUCAUCUCAGAAGCAACCUUGAUUGCACCACAAGCCUCCGGUCACGAUAAUGCUCCAGGUAUAUGGAGCAAGGACCAAAUUGAAGCGUGGAAAAGAGUGAGACGGCAAGCUAAACCGGAUUCUAUCAAAAGAGAAGGUUAUCCCUAUGUAUCUAGUUCUGAUGUUGCCAUGCGAGGGAGACCAAAUCCUCGACCUCUUUCUGGAGCUGAAGUGAAGCAAUAUGUAGAAUUGUAUGCAAAUGCAGCAGAAAAUGCAAUCGAGUCAGAGAUCAAGGGUGACAAUGACGCGCAAGCGAGAAAGCGUACUGAUGCAAAGAAAGACUCGAAUGACUUUGCGAGGAGGAUCUGGGGAGAUAGGCCUUAUAUUUCCGCAGGUGGUUACAAACCGGAUACCGCCAGUCAACAAGUGGAGAAGCAUGGAGGACUGCCGGAUCUCCCCAAGAGGAUUCAACUUGGAGCACCCCUCAACACCCCAAAUCGCAAGACGUUCUAUACACCCGGUCCUGUGGGAUACACUGACUAUCCAUUCCUCGAAGCU